CAUUAUUUUCGUCCCCACAGAACCUUCUAGUUUCCCGCAAAUUAUUAAUGAAUAAUUUAUAGUUCGUUCGUUCGUUCCAAUAGCAAUAGAAAAAAUCAAAUCGAACAAUCGCGAAAAAUGGCAAGCUAUCUCCGACGUCGUAUAGCGAUCAAUUCCGGCAAAACUUACCGAUCGAAAGCGUUCUCAACAGAGGAUUCUCUGGCCGAAAUCAAACCGGUGGAGAUCGGUAUUGUCUCCGGCAUCCCCCAGGAGCACCUCCGCCGCCGGGUUCUGAUAUAUUCACCUGCUCGAACCGCUACGCAACAAGGAUCUGGAAAGGUCGGGCGGUGGAAAAUUAAUUUCUUGUCCACACAGAAAUGGGAAAAUCCGCUGAUGGGCUGGACAUCGACAGGAGACCCAUACGCAAAUGUCGGUGACGCUGGAUUGAGUUUCGACAGUGAAGAAGCUGCAAAAGCUUUUGCGGAGAGGCAUGGUUGGGAGUACACGGUCAAGAAGCACCAUACGCCUCUAUUGAAGGUGAAGUCAUAUGCAGACAACUUCAAAUGGAAGGGGCCUCCUAAAGAAGAGGAGAAAUAAUUAAACUCUUUUCAAUAUUUUGAGUUUUUCGAGUGAUAUAUCGUUAGAGAACCAUAUAUAGUAUAUUUUUAUAACAAGAUCCUGAAAUCAAAUAAAUCUAAGAUACAUUUAUGUACGAGUUAGAUGCGGUGUUUCCUAUGUAGCACGGACACGGAAACGGUGAUAUGGGGAAACGUUAAGAAGUUGAAGUUUCCGUUCACAUUUUGCUUCGUCUUAGGUUCUAGAUCUAUUUAUUGUGGUGUAAUGACAGUUGAGUCAUUUUGUUAUUUGGUUUAGUAGAUGAAUGAGAUUAGAUUGGCCUAUUGAGA